AUGGCGGACACCAUGGCCAAGAUGGAGAGGAUCAUCGAUGAGAAGAAGAACAGGGAAGAAGAAGAAGAAGAGGACGAGGACGACGAUGACCUGCAGGUCGUGAGCAUCGUGAGAGCGCAGCGGAGCAGACCACCACCACCACGCAACGACAAUGCAUCUGCGCCGCCGCCGUCGCUUGCGAAAGCUAUCAACAGCAUCUCCAUCACAAAGCAGGACAUCCUGCGCGCUUUCAAGCUUGAAGACCCAUCAAAGGGCCCGCAACGCUUGGUCGCGUUGGGACAGCAGCCCUGGAUUUCCGGCAAGCGGCGCAAAGCUGCCAUGAAAGCCUUGGCAGAGAGUGACACGCGGGACCACAGGCCUGAGAACACGCCCGCUGGCCUUAUCAACCUGGGCGCCACAUGCUACGUCAACUCGUGUCUCCAGCUGUUGUUCCACACGCUGCCGCUUCGCCGAGCAGUGUUCGCUUGGCCUCAGCCACAGUAUGCAACCGCGGGGGAGCUGAGCAUGGCCCAGCUUGUGCUGAAGCAGCUGCAAGAAGUGUUCGCCAAAAUGCAGAACACCAACCGCAGUUAUGUCAGCCCGAAACAGCUGAUUGACACCCUCGGCCUGCCGCACCACGAGCACCAGGACAUGACAGAAUUCCAGAAUUUGCUGUGGGGAUUGCUGCAGCCUGAACUGUCCAGCCAUGAGCAUUUGCCCGGCGUGUACGAGUUUCUCCAGGAUUUUGGAGCCGAAGGAACAACAAGCCGCACCACCAUGUGCCUUAAGUGCAAGCGUCGAUCCAAGCUUGACGACACGUUUUGUGAGAUCCCCGUCCACCUCCAGGAGGAGGGCCAGGAUGAUGAGGUGGAGACAGUUGCUGUGGAGAGCGGAGACGACGACGACGAUGAUGACGAAGACGAUGCAGCCGCCAGUGGUGGUGACGACGGGCCGGCGACAGGCGGUGUCGAGUCUGGCAGAGGGAAGCGGGGUGGCAGGCGAUCGAGUCGUGGCAGAGGCAGAGGCAGAGGGAGGGGCGGAGGGCGUGGUGGCAGGGGUAAGAAGGCGGCAGACAAGAAGAGCAGUGGCAGGAAAAAAGUGACGAAAGACGAGGAUGAUACAGACAGCAGCGAUGAUGACCAGCUCGCCAAGCGAGCGAAACAUACGUCCGCCCGUGGUCGCCAACACACACGCGGUGGCCGUGGUGGUGGCGAUGAUGAUGGCGAUCACAGUGACAGUGACAGUGACAGCGAUUGGGCAUUGGAGACUGCACGGGACCGAAAGGGCUCAAGGAAAAGGAAGAAGAAAACAACGACGAAGAAGAGCACAGCAGCAGCAGCAGCAGCAAGAGGGAAGAGGGCGGAUGCAACAACAACGGCAAAGAAGAAGCCGAAUGCUGCCAAACGAUCAGGCGCAGGCACCCCACAGCCCACAGCCAAGAAGACGAAACAGGGCGCCAUCACCAUCGAUUCUGCAAUUAAGAAAUACCUUCUCAUGGAGCGACUCACUGGGGACAACAAGUACAAGUGUGACGACUGCGGGCCACAGGAGGGCGAAAUCACACACGCGCUGGAAAAUGUCCCGGAUCGCCUCAACUUUCAGGUCAUGCGCUUCCUCGUCAACUGGAACACGGGCCAGCGACGCAAGCUGACACAGGUUGUGGAGUUCCCGGAAGUGCUGGAUAUGCGGCCCUAUCUCGCCUCGCCGACAAACGACGACGUGUUUGAGCUGCGAGCGUGUGUGCUGCACCGCGGCGUGUCGGUGCACAGCGGGCAUUACAUCAUGCAGGCGCGGGCGCCCGGCAAUGGCGAUGACUGGUUCACGUUUGAUGAUGACGACGUGCAGCCUGUCUCUGUCAUCGACGGCCAACUCGCUCUUGGACUCGACACAACCUCGGCUGUCUUCCAGCCGAGCAAAGCGCCAAAGGCAGACACGACGGGCAACUUCGCGUCCAGGAGUGUCUAUUAUCUCUCCUACAUGCGCAAAUCCCUUGCGGAUCGUGUGCGGAAGAUGGCGCUGCCUUCACUGCCACCAGUACUGGACGCAAUUGUGGUUGCAGACAACGCAGAUCUGGCAAAGGAAACGGCAGACAAGACAAGACAAUAUGAGGCGGACAAGCGCUACAUUGUCAACGCCUGCACGGCUGUGGAGGAAUUCGCCAAACUGACCACCGCAGCAGGAUCUGACGAAGAGGAAGAGGAGCAGAAUGGCGACGAUAAUGACGGCCGGCCCGACGGCAGCGGUGCCGCUGCCUCCGACGAGGGCACUCGCUCCACCUCGACCUCAACAGUCAACAGUAGCAACAGCAGUAGUGAGGGAAAGAAGGGCGAGGUGGACACAGCAACCAGCGACAACACAGCUGCCGUAUCCGCUCGUGCGAUGCGCACAGUUGUGCGGCGCAGGAUCCGUGAUGACGACGAAGACAACAGCGGUGGUGACAAUGAUGAUGAUGGAGAUGAUGAUGAUGAUGAUGAUGAUGAUGGAGAAGAACAUGAUGGUCAUGGUGGUGGUGGUGGUGGGAACAGCGGUCAAUCACACACUCGCCGGCAGCUCGUUCAAGACGACGACGAUGAAGAAGAAGAAGAUGAUGAUGAUGAUGGCAGCAAUAGCAUGAGCGCUUGCAAGGAUGCAGAGAAGGAGAACGAAGGGGAACAAGAGGAGGAGGAGGAGGAGGAGGAGGGGCGAUUGGAGUGGGUGCCAAAGGCCUUUGUCAUGAAAUUGUUCAAGCAGACACUACAGCCACCAUCAAAUGUCGUGGAGGAGGUGCCAGAGAAGAAGAAGCCGGUGGCGCUCGAUCUGACACCGUUUCUCUGCGAACAUCACCUCAUCCCGCCCACAUCUGUGGACAAGCUCAAGCUCGUGCCUGCACGCGGUGUUGACGUUGUCGCGCAAGCGUUUCCCAACCUGAUCGUUCGUCGUCUGCAGACUGAUUGCCACCUGGAUGCGUGCUGUCAGUUUUGUCUUCAGCGGCAGCUUGCGGAGGAGACAAGAAAGACCAACCACAGACCCGCCACCCUGAAACUCAGGCGAUUCAACCAGCAGACAACUGCGCUGCGGCCGCGUGAUGAUGAUGUACUCGUGACCGCGAAGGAACUGAGUGACUUUGCCUCGCGCCGCAACCCGCCCAAACUCGACGCUGUCUUCAACAAGAAUGCCCGAUGCCAGCACGGAAAACUCGCGUUUGAACUGGACGCUUUCCGUCGCAUCCCCCGCACAUUGUGGGAUGCGAUUACAUCAUGCUACCAGAGUGCACAGGAGGUGGCAGUGACGGAGGACGUGUGCGAGAAGUGCGUGCGCGACCUGCAAGAUCACAAGCAACGGCAGCUUGAGUCGUCUGAAGCAGCAAAGAUGGAGGCCAAGGGGCCCCUCAACGUCCUGCGCGGUCGCACACCACGAAAGCCGUUGGAGACACUGAUUGUCGGAAAAGGCGACGAGGCUCCAGCAGAAAAGCUGUUUAUUCUCCCAAACAAAUUCCUGCAGCAGUGGCGCAAGUGGGUGCAGAGCCCGCGAUCAAAGCCCCGCCCAACUAACGUCGACUUCUCGGGCAUCUGCUGCGCUGGCCACAAGCGCCUUCUCUACGACAUUACAUCUGAUCUCAGCGGCAGCGGGCUGGAACCCGUCACCGCCACUGGCCGGCCCGUCGACCCACCAGACUCGUUCAUAUUCGUGACGGAGGACGUGUGGAACGCCGUGACGAGCAUUUAUGACCCGGAGCACACCAUUGAGUGCACGUUUUCACCGCCCGACAACUCCUUCCACGCGUCAUUGCCGACGUGCACAGAAUGUCGGCGGGCGCGAAUCAACACUGAAGUUGCUCUCAGCUUUGAUACGACAAGGCACAGCGACAUCGGCACUGCCGUCGCAUCUUGCAUGUCUCCAAGACUGCAUGGGCAACUAUUGAUUGAGCGCAAUGACGCUUAUGACGCAUCAGCUUCGGCAACUGGCAGCAGCGAGGACGCAGGAAAACCAGCUGAUGACACGGACGACAGCACUGCGCCGCGCAAGCGCUCAACGCGGUCCACCCGCAAUCCUCGGGGCCUGCCCUCCGUCCGCACGUCCUCGGACAUGACGCUCAUGCAACUCAUGACAACCAUUCUGGAGAAGGUGGGCAUUAUUCCGUCUGAUCAGCAUUUGUAUCUUGAUGGACGCGAGUUGGUUGGGCGCAGCAAUACGCUGGGGGAACUGCGUGUUCCCCAGAAGGCAACACUCAUCCUCAAGGCAGACACUGCACCACCAAAGGCUGAGCCGCGAGCCCCAGAGAAAGGAUUUUCAGGCACGGCUCUCGUUGGGCACAGCAUCGUGGGCUCUUCGAAAACGCCGGAAAACGUCAUUGUGAUCUCUGCCGAGGAGUCCCGUUCCCCCGACAAGGCCGCCGCCACUCAAGAGGGCGAUGAUGGGGAGGGGACGCGUGAGGACCAUGGCAGCAGUCGUGAAGAAAGCGACGACGACUCACAUAUUGGAGGUUCCGUUUUCCAGGCACUGCAGCAGCCGCCGGAUGGUGUGGCGCUACAGCCAGCACGAACAGGGGUAGUGUGGCGAGGCCCGUCUGUCGCGGGUGGAGAGGCACCACUCAACGGGACGGGGACAGACGACGGUGCGAGGAGGAAGAAGAAGACACUUGGGGUGCGGCGGACACAGCCUGAGACUGCGACCACACGCGUGCAUACCCAAUUCAGGCCCGUUGUCUAA